UGGGAGUAAUGGUCUAUUUUAAUAAUAACAGAUUAAUAUUGUCCACAUGUUGUACCAAAAAAAAAAUUGUCCACAUGAUCCUCGCGAGUUGAGAAUGAGGUAGAUUUUCCACCAUAUUUUAUUUUACUUUCCUUAUUUUUCCCAGUUUUCUAUGGAGGAAAAAAGUAAGACCUUUUUUUUUUUCAAAAUUUUAACCUUUUUCUGAUUUUCUCUCUGCGAUCAGUGGUUGGGUCUACUGUUUUGCACUAAAAUGGCUGAUAAAGUUCAUACCUUUGAGGAGGUUGCCAAGCACAACCAGAAAGAGGAUUGCUGGCUUAUCAUCUGGGGAAAGGUUUAUGACGUGACAUCAUUUCUUGAAGAGCACCCUGGAGGAGACGAUGCACUUUUAGCUGCAACAGGGAAAGAUGCAACUUACGCCUUUGAAGACGUGGGGCACAGUGAUGAUGCACAAAUGCAAAUGAAGAAUUUCCUUAUCGGCCAUAUUGACAAGUCUACUCUGCCAAUCAUCGAACGGGACUUCAAUGUUGGUGGCACUACUAUCACGGGUGCAGCCACGGAGAAUCAGAGCUCGGGUGAGGACUCAUCCAAGAUUCUGCUCUUUGUGCUGCCGCUUUUAAUACUUGGGGCCGCGUUCCUUCUGCGUAUUUACUCUCAAAAGGAAUGAAUGAACAAAAACUUUGGCAAAAUUUAUGUAUUAAUUGUUUGUAAAAAUAAUUUAUUGGAACUCGCUACCAAUAGAUAAGAUGGCUCGUGUGUAUUUCUUGUUUGUUCGACUGGUUAUCUGAAUGCGGGUUCAGCUUUUGGAAUGUGCGUUUUCUUUUUGUUUGGCGGUUUGUUUUAUGCUUCGCCGAUGAAAUUUUUUACGGUUGUUACGAUUUUAUGUGAAGCUCGAUGGAUCUAAUUCUUUCCUAGGCGAAGGGAACGAAAACGUACUAGCGAU